AUGUCCAAAGCAAAAAUAGAUCUUGCUAACUUGGAUUUCAACCGUACCUACUCAUUUGAAGAGUUCGAGUUUGUUAACGAACAGCUCAAAACACGCACCUUAGAAGUCAACGGGCAACCAGUCAAUUUAUUUGACCUCGAUGCAAACAGAAAGCUUGUUCCAAUGCCACAGGCAACUCACUGCAUGGAGGUUACUGUUGCAACAAUCGUGGGGGAGCUCUAUAACUGGAACGUUCAAACUCGACAAAACGGGGACAUAAAAACAGCACAAGGAGGGUUUGAUUUCAGUGUUGGAGGCCAAAGAACGAUCAGAGCUCCUGAUGUCUCCUUCACACCCAAAGCGGUAUCUUCCCAAUUGACUGAAUUGCAACGUUGGAGUUUCCAGGGUAGACCAUUCACUCCCACGUUUGUUGUUGAGGUUGGAGAUACCGAAAGUAGUACAUCGACGUUUGGGAAGUUAGAUGACAAAUUUAAGCGCGAAUACUUUGCAGUUGGGACAUCUGUACAACUCGGUUGGUUGAUUGAUCCCAAAAAUAGCAGAAUCUGGGUAUACAAGCGGAAUCAACAUGGUAAUGUCUUUCGUCAUGAGCACGCAUGGGACGAUGUAAACGGUGGUAACAUUUUGCUGGGGUUCAAAUUGAAGGUGUGGAAGAUUGAAGAAGCAAUUUCACAGGCAUCACCCGAGUUACCAUCGUUAGAAAGUGAUGAACCAGUCAACUGUCCUAAAUGUGGCAUGACUUUCCCAGAUAAUUACACUUUCAUGAAUCAUUAUGAAGAUGAGCAUGCUCGUCAACAGCGUAGAGCAUAG